AUGGUGUCUAUCCACUUGACCCUACCAGGGGAAGUAGAGGUUGUAGUUACCUCUGCCUAUUUUCCUGGGGAUGUAGAAGAAUCACCUCCUCCCCGGCUGGUGCGGAACUUAAUCGACCAUUGCAGGAGGAAGAACGUGCACCUGGUACUAGGAUGCGACUCUAACGCUCAACACACGGCCUGGGCGAGCACAGAUGUUAACCAACGAGUUUUUUAUGUGCCUAAAACAAUGCCCAAGAAAAAUGAAUAUGAUGCGGAAUCGAUGGAAGCCGCGAUAAAUGACGUCAAGAAUAACAACAUGUCAUAUAGAAAUGCGGCAAACAAAUACGGUGUACCUAAAUCAACGCUCGAAUUUAAAAUAAAAAAUCCUGGUCAUAAAGAUACAUGCGGUCCAAAUCCAAUCCUGUCAGCAAGAGAAGAGUCCGAUCUUGUGAGGUGGAUAGAAGAGCUGGCAACAAAAGGAUUCUCUAGGAAACGAGACGACAUUUUAAAUAGCGUUCACAAAUUUUUGACUGAAAAUCCACGGCCUAAUCCCUUUAAAAACAACAGACCCGGUGAGAGUUGGUUCAAGGCUUUCCUAAAAAGACAUCCAGCCCUUGUGCAGCGAACAAGUGAAGCAGUAAGUGACGCCAGCGCUUGUGUUUCGGAAGCAGACAUUCGGAAAUGGUUCAAAGAUAUAAAUAGUUAUCUUAUCUCGAAAAAUAUUGUGAUUGAUGACCCUUCAAGAAUUUACAAUGGCGACGAAUCCGGAUUUCAGAUUUGCCCAAAAACUGGCAAAGUUUUUGCUAGGAAAGGCGCGAAGAAUGUUUAUUCUGUGGAAAAGGGAUCAUCUAAGGAAAGCAUCACUGUCAUGUUUUCAUUUUCUGCUUCGGGGUUAACUUGUCCACCUAUGAUAAUUUAUGGUUACAAGCGAAUUCCAGAAAAAAUAAGCCAGACCGUCAAAGACCCUGAUUGGGGCAUUGGAAGAUCGGAUAAUGGAUGGAUGACGGCGGAAACGUUCUAUGAUUAUGUGAAAAACGUAUUUUAUCCAUUCUUGGUGAAAAAUAAUAUACACUUCGCUGUAUUAUUAUUUUUAGAUGGUCAUAAGUCUCAUUUAACUUAUGAGUUAAGUAUACUUUGCAAUGAACUAAACAUUGAAGUUAUAGCCUUAUAUCCGAAUGCAACGAGAAUUCUUCAACCAUGUGAUGUUGCAGUAUUCAGGCCCAUAAAAAUGGGAUGGAAAAAGGCCGUACGAGAGUUUUACGAACAAAAUCCUGGAGAAGUUCUAAAUAAAAUAACAUUUGCUCCUCUAUUAGAAAAAGUAGUGGCAAAACAUAUCAAAAAGGAAACUUUAAUUAAUGGAUUUCGUGCGUGUGGUUUAUUCCCUUUUAACCCAGAUGCUGUUGAUUACACGAAGUGCUUGGGAAACCAAAAAGAGCAUCCUGAAGUAAAAAGGAUACCCCCGCGCAUGGACCAUAGAACAUUUGUCAGUUUGACUGGAGAAAAUUUAAUCAAGAGAUUAAAAUCUUUCGAUAAUCUUUUGAUUGAAUAA